AGUCAUUGGGAGGCCACGAGGAGGCAGGAGGUCCUGCAGGAGUCCCGGAGUUCCAGCUCCAAGUCUUCUUUUUUAGUUCCUCCUCUCUCAGAGUGUGAGGCUCUCUGUGCGCGCGCGGCCGCUUCGUUUCCUUUCCGAGGUGUUUUUGUCCCCCCCCUUCAGAAAAACCACCACAACGGAGCCGAACGAGUACGACGGACAGCGACCCUCCCUCACUUCUGCAAUCAUGAUGUCGAUGAACAGCAAGCAGCCCUUCAGCAUGCACCCCAUCCUGCACGAGCCCAAAUACACCCCGCUGCACUCCAGCUCGGAGGCCAUCCGCAGAGCCUGCCUGCCCACUCCGUCGCUCCAGGGGAACAUCUUCGCGGGUUUUGAUGAGACCCUCCUGCAGAGAGCCGAGGCUCUGGCCGCCGUGGACAUCGUGGCCCAGAAGAGCCACCCGUUCAAGCCCGACGCCACCUACCACACCAUGACCAGCAUGACCUGCACCCCCACCUCCUCCUCGGCCCACCUGCACCACCCGUCCGUGCUCACCUCCCACCACCACCCUGCGCACCACCAGCCUGCUCAGGGCCUGGAGGGGGACCUCCUGGACCACCUGACGCCGGGGAUCUCCUUGGGGGGCAUGCCCGGCUCCGACGUCUGCUCCACGGCGUCGCACACGGCGCACGCGGCCCACAUGUCGGCCAUCAACCACAUGCAGCACCACCACCACCACCCGCAGACCAUGAACAUGCACCCGCACGCGCUGGCCUCCCACGCCUCCCUGGGCUCCGGACCCGACGCAGAGCCGGACCCCCGCGAGCUGGAGUCCUUCGCUGAGAGGUUCAAGCAGAGGCGGAUCAAGCUGGGGGUGACGCAGGCGGACGUGGGGGCGGCGCUGGCCAACCUGAAGAUCCCGGGGGUGGGCUGCCUGAGCCAGAGCACCAUCUGCAGGUUCGAGUCCCUCACGCUGUCCCACAACAACAUGGUGGCCCUGAAGCCCAUCCUGGAGGCCUGGCUGGAGGAGGCGGAGCGCGCGCAGCGGGAGAAGAUGUCCAAGCCCGAGAUCUUCAACGGGGGGGACAAGAAGAGGAAGCGCACGUCCAUCGCGGCCCCCGAGAAGCGCUCCCUGGAGGCCUACUUCGCGGUGCAGCCGCGGCCCUCCUCCGAGAAGAUCGCAGCCAUCGCCGAGAAGCUGGACCUGAAGAAGAACGUGGUCCGGGUCUGGUUCUGCAACCAGAGGCAGAAGCAGAAACGGAUGAAGUUCUCCGCGACGCACUAAAACUAAAACUAAACUCCUUUUUUUAAAAUAAAAUAAUGAAAAAGAACAAAGAAAAAGAAAGAAGAGCCGAACUGCUGCUGCAGGAGGAGCGAGGAGAACCAGAACCGAGCACCAGAACCGAGCACCAGAACCUCCCUCACUUUUCACUUCUGUCUUUAAACCAAGUCUAAAACAAUAAAAACAUGUUGGUUAAAUCAGAAUAAAUAAAAACAAUCUCAACUGAAUUUAAGUUAAAAUUAAAAUUUUAUUCAGAUUCAACUCAAAUAUUUCAUGUUUUAUUGAAAGAAUGACGCCAUUUAUCAGGAGGAAAGAUUUUUAUUAUUGUUAUUAUUUACCAAAGUAAAAAAAAAAAAACAGUAAUCUAUUAAAAUCCACAGGAAGCUUUAAAUCUAAAAACAAAACAUUAAAAACUGAAAUAAUCAGUUUUAUGAAACUAUUUUCUUCUAAAAACCUGAAGCUUUCUAACAUUUUGGAACUUAAAAAUCUUUGAACGUGUCUCACACAUUAAUUUAUUAAUUUACCUAUUUAUUUAUUUAUUAAGAUCAAUAAUUGAACAGAGCGGACAGAGAGGCUCGUUUUCAUUUCACAGCAGUGUUUAAUUUUAAGAAAAUUAAACUGAGUUUAUUUAUAAUAACCCCCC